CGAGAGAAGGACUCAUCAAAAGUGGAGCAAACGGUUAAAGCUCUUCGCGAGGAACACAAGGAACUGAAGGACAAGAUUGAGAGCACCGCCGCCUCCGCCGCCGUCUCAGACCACCAGCCGAUUGCGGCCGAAGUGAUCGCACCUCCCGUUCCGCCCAAAAGAAGUUUAAGGAAACGAGUUUGGGAUGAAAUGGUUCACUAUUACCACGGAUUUAGACUACUAUUCAUUGACAUCGGCGUCGGUUCGCGACUCUUAUACAAAGUGUUGAACGGCGAAGACCUGACCCGUCGAGAGCACCGGCAACUCGUGAGGACCACUUCAGACGUGUUUCGUUUGGUUCCGUUCUCUGUGUUCGUAAUCGUGCCGUUUAUGGAGUUAUUGCUACCCGUAUUCCUCAAGUUCUUCCCGGGAAUGCUUCCCUCCACUUUUCAGACAUCGUCAGCACAAGAAACGAAGAUGAAGAAGGAGUUGAAGCUGAAGCUAGAAAUGGCAAAGUUCUUGCAAGACACUUUGGAUGAGAUGACACUUCAGGCCAAAGGCGAGACCCACUCUAAUAAAGCCAAAGAGUUUGCGCUUUUCUUCAAUAAGAUCCGAAACACUGGCCAACAGGCGAGUAAUGCAGAGAUUAUGAACUUUUCCAAGUUAUUCGAAGACGAGAUCACUUUGGACUCGCUAUCGAGGCCUCAACUCUCGGCUCUCUGUCGUCUCUUAGAGUUACAACCGAUCGGAACAAACAAUUUCUUGCGAUUU